GGGACGGGAGCGGGGAGGAGCGGGGCCGAUGACACCGGGGGCAGAUGCGGAGCGGACUUGCAUCUAUCAAUUGGACGAACAUCACACCCGCUACCUCAUUAGUAAUUCUAUGUAGAGGUGGUUCUCCCAUAGAUCAUUGUGUCAACCCUCAUAGAGCUAACCGUGCCGCUCCUCACAUCUGUCCGUGUUAAACUUGAGCUGGUUCCUAACCCACGAUUACUCUCCGAGCUAUCCCACAAGGCGGGCAAGAGCCAACAGCUGCAUCACAAUGGUCGCCGGAACGCAACUUGAUAUAGCCAAAGUGCGGGGUAGUUUCCCGGCCCUGGCAGGAGAACAAGUCUUCUUCGACAAUGCUGGUGGCAGCCAGACCCUAGGGACUGUUAUUGAUUCAAUUCGUGAUUAUCUCACCAAUACAAACGUCCAAUUAGGGGCAUCGUAUGCCACAGGCGUGAAAUCAACAACCAAGUAUGACGAAGGAUACAAGGCGGCAGCCAAGUACAUCAAUGCGUCUGCCGACGACAUAGUGCUCGGCUCCUCGACCACCCAGCUCUUCCGCAACGUGUCGUACGCGCUCCACUUCGGCGAGGGCGACGAGAUCGUCGUCUCGAAGCUCGACCACGAGGCCAACAUUGCGCCCUGGGUCGCCCUCGCGGAGCGGCAGGGCCUCCUGCUGAAGUGGUGGUCGCCGCCCGCGGGGACCUCGCCGCGCCUCGACGCCGAGGGCCUGGGCCCGCUGCUAUCCGACAGGACCAGGCUGGUGACGCUGACGCACGCGAGCAACAUCCUGGGCACCAUCCACGAUGUGAGGGCAAUCUCGGCCGCGGUGCGUGCGCGGUGCCCGGCCGCGCUCGUCUGCGUCGACGCCGUGGCGUACGCGCCCCACCGCCGCGUCGAUGUCGGGGACCUCGGCGUCGACCUGUACGCCUUCUCGUGGUACAAGGUCUACGGCCCGCACAUCUCGAUGCUCUACGCCUCGGGCAGGGCAAAGGCGCAGCUGCGGUCGCUGGGCCAUUACUUCAACAGCCACGAUACACUGGAAGACAAGCUGGGGCUGGCGGGCGCGAGCUACGAGCUCGUGGCGGCGAUCCCGGCCGUCGUCUCCUACCUUGAUGGCCAGUCUACGGCGGCUAUCGAGGCCCACGAGGCCAGGCUGUCCGAGACGCUGCUACGCUACCUCAACGGCCGCACUGACGGCGAUGUAACUGUGUAUGGAGAGAAGACCGCCGACAGUGCUGUCCGCGUGCCCACCAUAGCCUUUACAGUGAAGGGGUGGUCAUCUCGUGAUCUUGUCGAGGCGCUUGAAAAGGUGACAAACUUUGGCUUUAGGUGGGGGAACUUCUACUCUGUCCGCUUGGUCCAGGAAUUUCUUGGCUUGCCUAGCUCCGACGGAGUGGUCAGAGUUAGCAUGGUCCAUUACAACACCGUGGAUGAGAUUGACACUUUCGUCAAAGCCUUGGAUGAGAUUUUAAGCUCCAGGCCCUGAGAAGGUGUUGAUAGGCAAGGGAAUUUCGCCGAUUGUGGCUUCUCGUCAUCUCUGAAUUGUAAUUUCUCAUAACAUUUCCAACGUCUCCACGAUAAACGGCGUAGUCACCUGCCUGGAACUGACGACGCUCCGCUGAAAGGCAACACCACCACCCCUGUCAAUUACUGUAAACCACAAACAGCUCGCAGUACUUAGCUUCCCUGAACCUUGAAAGUCCUUCCGCUCG